ACAACCAAGAUUCGCCAUUGUGGGUUCAAGAUGGCUGCCGGCUAUUAAGUUUCGAAUUCCAUGUGAUUUGCGUUCAUCGAAAGGUAAACUUUCGUUUUCGUUUGGUUUUAUCCUAUCGGUAAACUUUUCCAUCACAUUUUAAAGCCAUAUUGGACUUUAUAAAACUUCUAAAUUCGGUGAUAGAACGAUAUGUCCUUAAUUAGGCAUUGUUGACAACGUUAAAUUUUUUUGUCUCAUUUUCGUAUAUUGUUUGUCUCAAAUCUUCUCUUUAAUUUUCAAAUUAAAUCGGACUAAGAAAGAAGAAAAUAUAUGAUAUGACUAUUUGGAAUUAUUAACAAACUGAAUGGUAUUAACCUAUGUGAGAAAUUGAUUGUAUAAAAUUGCAUUGUGUAUUUGAAACAAAAUAUCCUCAGCUAAAUUUACAUACGUUAUUUAGUAGAAGGAGAAAUUUUUUCUUUCUUUCUUUCCAUUAUCUAGAAUUUCUUUAUCUAACUAUCUCUUCAAUCAUUAUAUCUACCUUUCCUACUCUCUCUCUCUCUCUCUCUCUCUCUCUCUCUCUCUCUCUCUCUCUAUUUUUUAAUUGAUAUUUUGCAUAUUUCAUAAAUAUUUUAACCUAGUUUUACAGUAUUUAUUUUCAAAAAGUCAUGACUGUUGUGAAUGGGUGUGUACAUGUAUAAACGUGUUGAUUAUAUAUACUACGUAUAUAAUAGUUUGUAUGGUUUGUUAAAAUUUUACCGACUAACAUAUUUUUAAUAUUUACCGAGAUUGACCUUAAUAUUUUAAAAGGGAGAAAGAAAAACACGUUGCAUACCGAAUUUAGUACAAACUAAUCAUUAGACUCUGCUAAUAUCUAUUAUAUAGUUUUCUUUUUUUAAUCAUUAAUAUCUUACUAAUUUUACUAAUUUCCCUAACAUCUUUUCCUUCUAAUCGACCUACUAAAUCAUCAUUUAAAAAGACAACUAUACACACGCAAAUAAAAAACAAAAACAACAAGGAUUUUAAUGGAAAAAAUUAUCACGACUUCCAAUGGACAAACAAACUACUUAACAAAAAAAUGAAGCAAAAUUUUGUGUAUUUUUUGGCAGAUGGAACAGUUUCGUCAAUUAAAAAGAUUCAGCGAAGAAUUUGAAAACUUUAUGGGAGAGUUACAAGUUGUACCAUUAGUUUCAAACGCUAAAAAGAGGAAGAUUGAAGAAAAGCCGCUAGAAAUUAAGAAACCAUUGUAUGAUCAGGAUAAUGAGUAUAAUUACAGCUUUCUUCCUAAGGAAAUUGUCUUGAAGAUUUUCUCUCACCUUAACUCGAAAGAUCUUGCUAUUGCUGGUCAAACUUGUUCUUUGUGGAGAUCGUUAAGUAAAGAUGAAUCAUUGAGAAGAUGCGUUGUAAUCCGUGACAGAAUAGAUUGCGAAAACGAGUUUAGGGGAAGCCUAUUCCAAAAAGAACUUUUGUUAUGGAACGGAAUAAUUAGUUCUUCCGUAUUAACCUCACUUGACUUUCAACCCUUCGCUAAUAAUUUAACUCGUGUAUAUAUUAGAGAAAGAAGUAUGAACGUAUCAGAAUUGGCUACUUGGAUUCGAAUUUGCUCGAAUAUUCGUAUACUAAGUUUGCGUGAUAUCUCUAUAUUGCCAAGCGAAUCUUACAAUUUACCCGAAAAUACUCAUUUGACUACUUUGUUUUUGGACCGUGUUCUCAUUGAUAAUAAUGCUAAGAACUUUUUUAAACACCUACUGAAGAUUUGUAAAAAGCUAAAAUCUGCAUUUAUCAACAAUAUAAAAUGUAAAAGAUUCCUUAAUCUCAUCUUUCCGUGUUCAUCGACCAUAGAACAACUCAAUUUGGCAGGCUUCCGAAACGAAUUCGACGAUGACCUGGCGUGGGAAAUAUGCAAAACAAACUUGGAAAGUUUAAGAGAGUUAGAUAUAAGCGAAGCGACCGAUCUGACAGAAGAAGGAUUCUCUUUGCUAUGUAAAAGAACAAAGAAUCUGGAAGUUCUCAACAUCAGCAGGUGUUGUCUGAUAACAACAAAAGUUCUAACUGCGAAUUUAGAUUAUUUGCCGAAUUUGAAGCGACUAUACGCCUUUCAAACGUAUACUGAAAGAGCUCUCAAAAUGCUGAUCUAUUUCCUCGAAAGACGAAAGAUUUGGUUCAAACCCAAUGGUCGUUUGUACCGGAUUGCAGAUUGUCCUCUGCCGCAGUGUGAAAGGGUCGAAAUGCGAGUUUAGAUUAUUUGCAACAAACAACCGCUAUUAAUGAAAAAAUUUCGACAAACUACGCGUACAGACUCAUUUAUUUCCAGAUUACAGACCACCUUAUCGCUACACACGUUCAUUAAAGUGACAAACAACCGAAUGUCAGCUGUGUCCGACUUGUCAACAGCGACCUAUUUUUCCUUGUAGCAUUCCUAAUUAUAUAUAUAUAUAUAUAUAUCUACAUCUACAAUACGCUACACAUAUAACUAUUCUGUUAUGUACUAUGCAUGCAUGUAUGUUGUAAAAUAUACAGGGCCGCAUAUAAUGCACGGCAUGUUUAUCGGUUUGUCCGCCGCCGGCGUAGAAUGAAUAAAAACAAUAGGCGCAAACGAUAUGGCUUAUCGGGAAAUUUUGCAUACUAUUUGUUUAUAUUCGCCUUAGGCCUAUGGCUUAUUCUUUUUUGCCUUUCCAAGGUCCGAUUUCUACCGUGUCGGAUAUCCCACCUCCGUAGUCGACGUCCAAGGAAUGAUUAUCUAAAUGCGAUUCAAUAAAGUUAUGGAAGAAGCGAUGGAAGCUGAGGAGGAAAUUGCGGUGGACAAAGCCAAGUUCGAAUCGGAAAAUAACAAUACUGAUUAUCAUACGAGAUCAACGACUGCCAGUCCUUGUUUGUCGGUUGGGAAAAACGAAUUACUAAGCCCAUCAAAAUUUGAAUCGGAAUCACCAAAGUCUCAUAUAGAAUUACAAACAUGCCCCCUACCGGCAGUUGCGAACACACACGAUGAUGAUAACACUGACGUGACUGGGACCGUGAAGAACACGCACGAAAAUACAUUCUCUACCACAACUAACGACACUUGGACUGUGAAAAGUGAACCGGUUGAAU